UGGGGGACCAGGAAGCUUGUUGAGUUCUCCAACCACACGGAGCGCAGUGAUGUAACUUUACGCCAAUAAAAAUCGGUCGGAAUUCCCGGGCGCUGGCCAAUGGGAGCAAGUCGGGUUCUCUUUUUUUUCCCCUUGUGUCUGUGAGAAUGUGUCGGCUGAUUGGGAAGUGUUGACAUGGCGCUGCUGUCGGAGAGGACGGGAUACGGAGGAGCUACGGUAGCAGGAGCCCAGGCACCGGCGGCGGCAGCAGUGGUAGCUAAACCGGAGGCUGAACGCUAGCUGCCGGCCAAGAGCAGUGCAGGCAGCCGCUCGGUGAACGAGUCUGCUGCUGCACCAUCGUUAGGGCUCUCGGUCUAAAGCUAAGGCUCACCAUCUACUGCAUAUGAAUAGGAUCCGCCACCAUCCAAAUCCUAGGCUUUAGGUACAUGGUGUGGGAUGGGGGGCUGGUUGUAACCGCCCCUAAAGUUUCCCCAGUUAGUUUGUCUGUCAUAUAGAUUCUAUGUGUAUAUAUUUAUGUAUACACACAUGUAUAUCAAGUUGUGCCAGUGUUUUUAAAUUAAAAUUCCCCUGCUGCAGGCUAGCUGAGGGUUUUGUUUUCCUCUCGUUUUGCUUUUUUUUAAUUUGCCCCAGUUGCUUUCUGGUUACAAUUGUUUGUUUAAACCAACAUGCCUAGCAAAACCAAAUACAACUUAGUGGACGAUGGACAUGAUUUGCGUAUUCCUUUGCACAAUGAAGAAGCUUUCCAGCACGGCAUCAGCUUCGAGGCGAAGUACAUCGGGACCCUGGAUGUACCCAGGCCGAACAGCAGGGUGGAGAUCGUUGCUGCUAUGAGGAGGAUAAGGUAUGAAUUCAAAGCCAAGAAUAUCAAGAAAAAGAAAGUGAGUAUAAUGGUGUCAGUGGAUGGAGUCAAAGUGCUUCUCAGGAAGAAAAAGAAGAUGACCAGGAGUCUAGAAGCUAAGGAUGAGGACAGGAGAGUGACCCCGACUUCAUUCUGGAUGACUCUCCUUAAGAAAGAGUGGACCUGGGAUGAGAGCAAGAUGUUGAUUAUGCAGGAUCCUAUCUACAGGAUAUUCUAUGUGUCCCAUGACUCCCAAGACCUGAAGAUCUUCAGUUACAUUGCCAGGGAUGGUUCCAGCAACAUUUUCCGAUGCAACGUCUUCAAAUCUAAAAAGAAGAGCCAAGCAAUGAGGAUAGUGCGAACUGUAGGCCAAGCCUUUGAGGUGUGCCACAAGUUGAGUCUGCUGCACACUGAGCAACCUGUAGAUGGAGAGGAUGACCAAAGAAGUGAAGAAAGUGCGGACAACAGCAGUGCCCCAGCCCAACGGCUCACUGAGGCAGAGAAAGAGGCUUCAGAAGAGACUGAUAUAGAUGCCAUUGAACCGCCCCUGCACGAUGGCUCUGAGGCCAAUUUCAGCCGGGGUGUGACUGACUUGGACGCAGUACGCAAGGAGCAGAAUCUUCACAAGGUCGAAAAGUUCCAUGACGAUAGUCCCAGUAUUCUCCUGGCUACUCCCAAAAUGUUGCUACCUUCAGCAAGCCAGCUGCCAUCAGGCACCCCACUCUCAGUUCAUCACCAGAUCCAGCUCCUUCAGCAGCACCUGCAACAGCAACAGCAGCAGACCCAGGUGGCUGUGGCCCAGGUUCAUUUACUGAAGGAUCAGUUGGCGGCUGAGGCAGCAGCUCGGAUUGAGGCCCAGGCUCGAGUCCAUCAGCUACUGCUCCAGAACAAGGACCUACUCAAACACAUCUCACUGCUCGUGAAACAAGUGCAGGAAUUGGAGCUGAAACUUGCUGGCCACAGUUCAACAGGCUCGCAAGACAGUUUAUUGGAAAUCACCUACCGAUCGACUGUGCCACCGGUGCUGUGCGAUCCCACCACACCCAAACCUGAGGACAUUUGCCUGCCACAGCUAUGUGAUGGAUCAGACCUCCCCCUUCCACUGGGAAGUCCACUAGGUAUGGAUGACUGUCUGGUAAAACUGGAGUGCUUCCAAUUCCUGCACGAUGAAAAGAGGUCCCAUGAAGAAUUCAUGGGCAGUCUGGAGCUGAUCAAAUUCCGAGAAUCAGGAAUAGCGUCUGAAUACGAGUCUAAUACAGAUGAGAGUGAGGAGAGGGACUGCUGGGUUAAUGAGGAGUCAAUUCGGUUAAUGAAUGUGCUGAAGAGGCAGGAUAUGGGGGAUUGUCUGGAUGAUGAAAUUGCAGUGUAGUCACCGCUGCUUCUGUAAUUGAAAUGUGACACACUGAUCUGUUCCAAUGGUCAACCAGACAGAGCUGUCAUGUGGAAAUAAUGGCAACUGAUUUCUAAUCCCGACCCAAUCGAUUUAAAGUAACAGUAGUGCAAUCUGUUUAAAAUCAGCCUGUACUUUGCUUCUUUAAAUAUCUAGUUCCAAAGUUUCAUAAGAAAGAAUUGAUGCAUCAUCACAUUCUUUAAACAUUGCGGAAAAGGUAGAAGCUUACAAAUGCCUAAAGUAGGCAAACUGAGACACAGUUAUAAGCAGUUAAUGAAUCGGAUCCGUGUAAGCAAUAUCUCUUUGAAGUGAAACAUUCAAACCAUCGAUAAAGUGAUUACUUGUGUAUUGAAGUCACAAAUGCUGACAAAGUCAACAUUCUGUCCUUUCAGCUGGCCACAGUGUUUUACUUGCUAUUAGUAUGUUGUGUUGGUUAGCAAGAGAUAGGAACAUUCCAUCUGUACCUCAUUUAUUUGUCAUAGUCACUUCAGAAAUAAUACUGAAGAUCACUUGAGCACGAAUAACAAAUAUUUGAUUGAGAGGAUAUGUAGUUCUAGAAUUGUACAUCUCCCUGAAAACCAUUCACUACGAGCGCUUUGUCCAAAAUAGCCCAGGUGGGAACUGUAUAACUUGAAAACAUUUUACACCUGUGUGUCUAGUGUUAAAUUAGAAGUACUUUUGAAAAGCACCGUGCAAACACAGCAAGGUCCCAUAUACUUUCAAAUACUGGGUUUCACCAGCAUGCCAGUAGCUAUUGGUGGAUUCAUUAUUAAUUUGGGGCUCUGUCUUGAGAAAAAUGAUUGACAAAUCUUUCCAUUUUGGCUGCUUUGUGAACAGCAGUCAUUUAAACAUUAUCGUGAGAUGUCUUCAAAUCCAGACAUGGCAUAUGUGAAUUUUUGAGUCUUUCCUCUGCCACAAAACAAGUUUACCAAAUUGAUGGUAGAUAUGGAAGCACGUCAACCUACAAUGAAACUGUUUGCUAGUAUAAAUGGAGGUUGAAUGAUCAUCGUUUUGGCAGGUCAAGACUCUGAGGAAUUGCGCAUCUCCUCCCAUAAAAGCAAAGUCCUGCAGAUGCUGGAAAUCUGAAAUAAGCACAGUGAAGGUUGGAGCAGGCCUGGCAGCAGGUAGAGACAGAGACAGAUUUAAUGUUUCAGGUCCAGUAUGAUUCGUCUUUGGAACUCUCCUGAAUAAGAGCCAUACUGUCCUCAAAACUUUGUGUUUGUUGCAUGUCCUCUCUGUUGUGUUAGCAUCAUGUGUAGCCAAUGCAAUUAGCUAUCUCCGACUAGAGGAAGCUAGUGUGUUUUUAUUUGGUAAAUCUUGAACCAAACAAACAAAGGUUUGAGGUGGGAAGCGGGUGAAAGUCCUCCUUUUAGUUUGAAUCGGUGUCAACUGUUGGUUUAUAAUAGAUUGGAGGGAAAUUUUUUGUAUUCGGCUGCCAAUGGCUAGACUAAUAACCUUCCCAUUCAUCACACUGCAGUCUCCUGGAUGGAUGGUGAGGUGUUAUUUGGCUAGAUUUUCCACAUAUUCGGAGUUAGAAAUGUCAGCUCAAAGUGGAUCCAAGUUUGGACUUGUCAUUCAACUGACACAGUGAGGACACCCUCCAUCGAUCUCCCUUCAACCUGGGGAAAGCAAAAAAGACUUGGAACUUGUUUUUGGCCUCAUGGCAAACAAUUUUGAAUAUGUAAAAUAAAGCAGAUGAAGGAUAAUAGGUGAAGUUGGUUAAUCUAGGGACUUGCGCUAAUCGGAAUAAAUCUAAGGAGGAAAACCAUCGGGGAGAAGGAAGGCAGGCAGAAGUUUUAUACAACAGAUGAUUUAAAACUUUGUGUGGUGACUUUACACUUUAUGACUGCAAUAUCUCAGCUAAUUGAGGAAGCGCAAGGGAUUUUCAUGGUUAGUAAAUUUUGACUAAAUCCUUUCUAAAUAAAAGGAGGCACAGAGAGCUCAGAAUUCGUUGAAGGCGUCAUGACUCUGGGGUUAGUCUUUCUUUCCAAGUAUUGCUGCUGCCAGAAAUGGUUCAUAAUUCAAGCAUGUGAGUUCUUUAAGGUGAAUUAAAUUAUGUGACGUUUAGAACAGCAAAAUAAAACCUCGCAUAAAACUGGAGGUGAAUAAAUUCUGGCUUGAAUGGAUGUUAGCAAAGGAUUUCUGGGUGAAUUUAAAUAUUGGGAGCUGGUUUCUGCUCACAGAUCACUACAGGUUCCUCUUUUGUGGUUUCUCGUAUUAUAUAAAUCUCUUUGAUUUUAUGUCUCCCAUCUUGUAACCACCUUAUCUAUAAUUCUAGAUCUGAAAGCAUUUUCGUGACCAUUUUAUUUAUAGUCUGUUCCAGUACAGUGAUACAUUUUGAAAAUGAGAAGACAAAGAUGACGAGGAGCUGCCCUUUUCAAAACCGCUGUCACUGGAUGCUUUGCUUUCAAGUUUGCUGACCAACCCAGAGCAAUGACUUCCAACCACACAGCAGGGCGUCCCAGCAAAGACUGGGCUUUGCCUUCCGUUGGACAGAUUCAUUCAAUUCUCUGCUCUGGCUGUCCACAUGAGAUCUAUGACCGUGCCAUGGCAGCUGCCUGCAGAGCUGGGAAUAGAUGGGUGGUGGACAAAGGAAAACACUCUGGUCCAUCUAGUACUUCUAUCGUCUUGGUAGUGACCUUGUAUCAUGCUGGUGUUAUUGAUCAAUCAAACAUUCUUCUGAGUCUACAGUGCACCAGAUAUGAGGCAAGAGAAAGCCCUGUUGUGGUAGGAUUUUCAGAGCCAUUGUUCUUCCUCCAAAGCAUAUGACAUUUACCGUAUCAUCCCUCAAAUUGGUCGAAUGUUCUUUCGAAGUAAUAAAUCUAUCCAAGCGGUAGGGAAAAUGAGAGCUUAGUUGAAACUAAAAGGCUGGAAUGAAAUAUUUUAUUUUGCAAGUCUAUUGUUACAUUGAAUUUAUGUCUGAUUCUGCUAGGGACUGUUCUCCCUCACAGAGCAUAGAAAGUAGGAUCAGAAGUAGGCCUUUUAGCCCAUCAAACCUGCAGCGCCAUCCUGUGUAAUUGUGCUGUCCAUUCAACUGUUCCCACUUUCACCCCAUACAUUUUGAUCCGUUUUGUUCUAAGAACUGUAUCUGACUCAUUUCUUGAAAACAGUUAUAUCUGGACCUGUGAGAAAGUGUCUGUAAAACCUUUCUUCUGUGGUUGGUUGCCUCGCCGAGCUGGUUCAUUGUUUCGCAGAUGUUUCACUUCCCUGCUGGGUCAC